UUUCAACGUUCCCCGCAUACUCUCAGCAAUCGAAAUGGCAGGGCUCGCGCACAAGCAAAAAUUAUGGGGCGGCAGAUUCACCGGCGACACAGACCCUUUGAUGCAUGCGUUCAACCAGUCGUUAAAAUAUGACCAGAGGAUGUAUGCAGAAGACAUCUCGGGCUCGAUUUCGUAUGCUCGCGCACUGGCACGCGCGAACAUCUUGACAGAGGAUGAGAUGAGCAAGAUUGUGGAGGGCCUAAAGGCGGUCCGUCAAGAGUGGGAACAAGGAACGUUCCAAGCACAACCAGGAGAUGAAGACAUUCACACCGCCAACGAACGCCGACUGAGCGAGCUGAUCGGGCCGCUUGGCGGGAAGCUGCAUACCGGCCGCUCUCGAAACGAUCAGGUCGCCACUGACCUGCGACUUUGGCUGAUCAACCAAGUGGGAGACAUUGAAAAGUCUCUCAAGGGUCUUCUCAGCGUGAUGGUGGAACGUGCAUCCAAGGAGAUCAGCUAUCUCAUGCCGGGCUACACGCAUCUACAGCGUGCUCAACCCGUCCGAUGGUCCCACUGGCUGCUAUCCCACGCGUUUCCUUUAUAUGCGGACUUGCAGCGUCUCCAGCAGAUGGUACCUCGCAUUUCCGUGAUGCCGCUCGGCUGUGGCGCCAUGGCGGGCAAUGGCUUCAACCUUGACCGCGAAUUCCUCGCUAAGGACCUCGGCUUCCAAUCUAUCGCAGAAAACAGCAUGUACGCUAUCUCGGACCGCGACUUCGUGGUCGAGUUCAUGAUGUGGGCGAGCCUAGCGAUGAUGCACCUGAGCCGACUCUCGGAAGACCUGAUAAUUUACUCGACUUCGGAGUUCAGCUUCGUCAAAUUGAGUGAUGCCUAUAGCACGGGAUCGAGCAUGAUGCCUCAGAAGAAGAACCCGGACUCGCUAGAGCUCAUCCGAGGAAAGACGGGACGCAUCUUUGGAAACAUGUCUGGCUUCAUGAUGUCACUAAAAGGCCUUCCUUCAACAUACAACAAAGACCUGCAGGAGGACAAGGAGCCCUUGUUCGAUACAGUCGACACUAUCUCAGCGACCUUCAAAAUAGCAGAGGGUGUAAUCGCCACUAUGGAGGUCCAAGAAGCUAAUAUGGCUCAAGCUCUGCAAGCAAGCUCCGACAUGUUAGCCACCGACCUCGCGGAUUACCUCGUCCGAAAAGGGAUACCGUUCAGAGAAACGCACCACAUAUCGGGACGCGCAGUCGCUCUGGCAGAGUCGAAGAAAUGCGGUCUGCAGGAUCUCACCAUCGAAGACUUCAAGAGUCUAAGCGGCAAGUUCGGCGAUGACGUGAAAAGCGUAUUCGACUUUGAGCACAGCGUCCAGGGCAGGAGCUCAAUUGGUGGAACACAUAUCAAAAUGGUAGAGAGGCAGAUCGAGGUACUGCGUGCAGCGCUUCGGAACUGAAAUGUACCCACUCUACGCAGGAAGAGACGGUCUGUGAUAUCAACGAUGUGUCUUUGAGAAACCAAAAAUGUUUGACCUGCGGGCAAUGAGGGACCCG